CCCAAACCCCAAUUUUUAGAGCGUUGGUAGUGGCAAUGGAGAGAGUGACAGCAUCAUCGUCUUCUUCAUCGACUCACCUUAUCCACAAUAUUCUCCGACAUCCCAAACCACCGUCUUCGGUCUGUCUCUUUCUUAGACCCUUUUGCUUCUCCGCUUCAAUCUCUCAGUCCAACAAGCCUCGCCUUCAAUCGUUCUCCUCAAAGUCUCUUUCUUCUCCUUCUACUUCACUCGUAACGAAAUCUUUCUCUUCAGUCGAUGAACCAGAUCUCGAAGAAGAAGAAGAAGAAGAGAGCGAGGAUGAAGAUUACAGCGCAGAAGAAUACGAAUACGAAGAAGGAGAAGAGGAUGAGCUGGACAGUGGAGUGGUUUCCGCGACAGGAAUUGAAGAUUCGGAAGCGUCUGAGGAGACUUCGGAGAUGGGUUUAGGAGAAAAGGAAGAAAAAAUAGAGAAGAUGAAGAAGAAGGCUCGGGGCUCGGCUUUGAAGUUGUCCAUAAAGGAGAAGAAGGAAUUGGCUUCUUACGCGCAUAGUUUGGGUGAUAAAUUAAAAUGCCAACUCGUAGGCAAAUCUGGUGUUACUGAUUCAGUCGUUUUCUCCUUCCUCGAGACUCUCGAGAAGAACGAGCUUUUAAAGGUGAAAAUACGUAAGACAUCGCCCGAUGAGCUAGAGGAUGCGGUUCAGCAUUUGGAGGAAGCGACUGGUUCCGUAGCAGUAGGUCAAAUCGGGCGGACUGUGAUAUUGUAUCGGCCUAGUCCCACCAAAAUGAAAGCAGAGGAGAAGAAGAAAGAAGUUGAGAGAAUGUCAAUUACUAGAAGGCAGAAAUACACAAACACUCGACCCACUAAACCCUUUAGAAGAGAGUAUCAAGAGAGGCCUGAUGGACGUGGACGCAGAGGCGGAAGUAGAGUUCCAACGGCUUGAAUUUUUACCCGGUUUGAUUGUUAUUAUCUCAAGACUAGUUAUGUAUUUUCAUUUUCUUCAAGAAUACAAUUUACAAACACAAUCACACUGAAAUGUAAGCCAAAUCCCCCUUUGUUAGGAAGCUUUAACCAUGUUGUGAACAUAAAUUGAGAGAAGAAUUAAAAAGAACAGAUAAA